AUGAUCAAUAAAUCAAUACAACCUCAUAGAAACAUGAUUUCAUCUUAAAUUAGUAUUGUAAAAAAAUAAAAAACAAAGGAAGAUAAUGAAGUAAUUAGUCGUAAAACUUCAUUAAUAAGUCCAAUAAAAGGACAAAUAAACUUUAAAAAAAGUAGCAACUAUUUUCAUGGAAAAAAUUCAAUAGAUUGUUUAGAAUUGAAUUCUAAGUGUUUAACAAUUAAUAAAUUAAAGAGUCUUAAUGUUUUGAUAAAAAAUAGAAAACUUUUUAUCUCAAGCAGAAAUAGUAAAUAAAAUUAAUAGUCAGUAAGUCAGGAAUCUAUUCCUUUAUAAUUAGGAAAGAAAAAAACAAAUGAAUUUGGAAAUCGAGUCAUCCCAAAUAAAAUCAACAGGAUGUCAACAAUCUAAAUAGAGGAGGAAGUGAAGUAAUAAUCUCGAAAAACGAAUUUGUACAAAGACCCUGAGACUUUCACUGAUUGGGUUGAAAAGAUCUAUGGAAAACAAUGGUUUGCUGAAUCUUCUAACCAAUGA